AACUCAAUUCAUUGGUCAUAAUUAUAAUUUGAUUUGUUAGGAAAUAUAUAAGAAAGGAGGAAGAAAACAUGUGAUCUUAAACCUGCCCCCUUUGGGUUGUUUCCCGCUUGUGAAAGCAAUGACACCAGAAAAAGCCAAUCCAUGCGUGGAGGAAGUAACAUCAAUUACGAAACUACACAAUAAAGCACUUCCUAAAGCCCUUAAGAAGCUAGAGAGUGAACUGAAAGGACUCAAAUAUUCAAUAGCCGAUUUCUACACUUUUCUUAGUGAAAGAAUAGAUAAUCCUUCAAAAUAUGGUUUUAAAGAAGGGAAGAUUGCAUGCUGUGGAACUGGUCCAUAUAAUGGAAUUUAUAGUUGCGGAGGAAAGAGAGCAGAUGGCCCAAAGUACGAAUUAUGUAGGAACAUUAGUGACUAUGUGUUCUUUGAUGCUCCUCAUCCUUCCGAAAAAGCCUACCAGCAAUUCGCAGAGCUGAUUUGGAGUGGAAGUCCCAAUGUCAUACGACCUCAUAGUCUCAAAGAGUUGUUUGAUCACUGAUUGCAUUAAAAUUUUAAUAAAUGUAAAAUAAAAAACUUAUGGAGCAUAUUAUAGUUUAAUAAAUUAAUGAUUUUGUUAUAUAACAAA